UUUUUUUCUUUACUUUGGGACCAAGGCUUAAUAAAUUCCAUCCUUGAUAACCUUUUAAAUAUGGCGAACAUAUCCUUGACUAUUAUCAAACAUCUCAGCAGAGGAGCAUCCGAAUUCCCAAACGCUAGUGCACUGCAAAUUGAUGGAAGGAGAAAUGCCUUUUGAGCAACCAGCUAUGCAAAUGGUUCCAUCGUUGAUGAGAGAAGAGAAUAAGGAAAGUGAUGAUUAUGAACCAAAAGUGGUUUCCCUGGGGCCUUACCACUAUGGAAAAAAGAAGCUCAAGUUCGUUGAGGAUUUCAAGCCUGAGGCCGUUAAAAUGUUUAUUGGAGGCAAAAAUGAAGUUGUCUUCAUGGAAAAGAUUUUAAGUGUUACUAGGUACACUAAAAGUUUUUACCUGGAAGAAGUCACCAGUCAGUACAGUAAUGAAGUAUUUGCUCGAAUGAUGCUUCAAGAUGCAUGUCUCAUUCUAAAUUAUAUCGGACCAGAGGAGACUGAGCAAUCACCUAAAAAGAUCCGGACAAUUAAUCAUCUUGGUACUGUUGUUUAUACAAACAUUAGACGUGACAUGUAUUUGCUUGAAAAUCAAGUACCUUUCCAUAUUCUCAAAAUAUUGGUUCACUUGAAAUAUGAUACUGAUCAUGACACUACUAAGGGAGAUAAAUUGUUAGAGACCAUAGAAACCUAUUGCUUUAAAAUGUUUUUUGAUGAUGAAAAUAUUGAAAAUCCAUUUGCCACCAACAAACUAGAGAUGGAACCCCCCCUUCACCUUCUUGAAAUUUUCCGAAGAGUAAUUGUCACAGGCUUGGAUCACGAAAGCACGCGACCUGCAGAUCAUUGUUGCGAUAUCAACAAACUGGUAUCGUGCCUCGACUCCUGUUGCUUCUCCAGAGGCAAAGGACCAAAUAUGCCUGGCCGGUAUGUGUUUCGUUCGGUGAGCGAUCUGAAAUCAAAAGGCAUUGAUUUCAGGGCUAGUAGGAUUAAAUCACUCAAAGGUGUAAGGUUUUAUCCCACUAAAUUCUGUCAGUCUGCAAUGCUGGAGCUCCCAAGUUUGCACGUUACAAUGUACACCAAAGUAUUUUUCAUGAACAUGAUAGCUUAUGAGUUUGCUCCUAACUUUGUUCUGCCUAGAUCUGUCACUGCUUACGUGAGCUUCAUGAAGCUCCUUGUGGUUUCAAAAAAGGACGUGAAGGAGCUGCGAGAGAAAGAUAUUAUAGUUAAUAGUUUAGGGAGGGACAAACAAGUUGUUCAACUUUACAAUGCUUUGAAUACUUAUGAGGCAGAGGAUAGCUCUUCUUACUGGGAUGUGAAGACGAAUAUCGAAAAGCACUACAAUAGCAAAGUAAAGAUGUGGAUGGCUGAUUUUAAAACAAACUAUUUUGACAAUCCCUGGUCUAUAAUUGCUUUGGUUGGUUCUAUUGUCCUCCUCAUCUUGACUAUUAUCCAGACAUACUAUGCUGGUCAUGAUAAUGGUGAUAAUUGUUGUUCAAAAGGAAAAUUUAAUCUUGAUUAGUUAUUUGUUGAUUGUAUCAUACCUCAGUAUUGCUUUAUUGUAUUUAGUUUGAUUAUUGGGACCAAUUUUACUUGUGGGACUAUGUUGAGAAUAAUGUUGUUAGUUUGAUUACUGGGUAUAAAUAUUGUUAGUUUGAA